AUGUGUGAUCAACAGCCGAUUCAGUAUAGCCUGCCACUCCCCCAGUGCUGCGUCAAGGGUUCCUCAUCCAAUGGCAAUGGCCAGUCCUUCAAUGCCUCUUAUGUCAAUGGCCCGUCCUCCUAUGCCAACAGCCAGAUGGUGAUCCAAGCCCCUUGCGAGAUGCAAGUUGUGGAGUGUCCCACAUUAUUUCCAGUUCAAGUUUCUCAGGCUCCAUGUCAGUCUAAGAGUACCCAAGUGAAGUGCCAGGCUCCGUGCAAGUCUAAGGGUACCCAAGUGAAGUGCCAGGCUCCCUGCAAGUCUAAGGCCACCAAGGUGAAGGGUCAGGCUCCCUCCCAGGCCCAAACAGCCUGUGUUCAGUGCCAGGCUCCUUGCCAACCUGAAGUUUCCUAUGUGCAGUGUCAAGUCCCCUGCCCUGCUCAGACUUGCUACGUAGAAUGUGCUCCAGUCUGUUACACUGAAACCUGUUAUAUGGAGUGCCCAGUCCAGACCUAUGUACCCCAUCCAACUCCUCAGCCUGUCUACACGUGCAUAGAACGUUCUCCUGUGUACCAGACUCAGGGAAGAUUCUCCACUCAGGGUCAGUAUCAGGGGUUCUACAGCAACUGUGUCCCCCAGCGCCAGACCCAGGCUUCCUACAGUAGCUGUGCUCCCCAGCGCCAGUAUCAAGGAUCCUAUGGUAGCUGUGCCCCGCAACGCCAGUAUCAGGAAUCUUACAGUAGCUGUGCUGCCCAGCGCCAGUAUCAAGGAUCCUACAGCAGUUGCGCUCCCCAGCGCCAGUAUCAAGGAUCCUAUGGUAGCUGCGCCCCGCAACGCCAGUCCAGGCCUUCAUUUAGAUCCUGUGAACCACAAUACCAGAACCAAGGCUACUGCAGCACCUUCACUGGGCAGCGUCGAUCUCAGAGUGCCAGCAGAUGCCUCCCUUCUCGUCGGUUGCAGCCUGCUACCCGCAGCUGUUCCCCACCACGCCGCACUGUGCCGAGCUAUAGUAGCUGCCUGCCAACAAGAUGCUCUUCUGGUUCCUACAACUACUGCACCCCACCCCGCCGCUCUGAACCCAUCUACGGCAGCCGCUGCCCUCGCAGCCCUUCUCCCAGCUGUUCUCAGAGACGCGGACCCAAAUGCCGGAUUGAGAUUUCCUCACCCUGCUGUCCCAGGCAGGUCCCCCCACAGAGGUGUCCUGUUCAGAUUCCCCCCAUCAGAGGCUCCUCUCAGAGCUGUGCUCCACAGUCCUCCUGGGGCGCCUCCUGUCCGGAGUUGAGGCCACGAUUCGAGCCACGUCCACAGCUAAGCUCCUGUCCUCCACGACGUCUUGACCAAUGUCCAGAGUCCUCCUGGCAGCGAAGCCCACGUCCUGCUCCGCGUCAAUGUCCGCGUCCAGAACCCUUUAUAUGUCCUCCAUCUCGGCGGUUUUCGGAGCCCUGUUUGUGUCCAGAACCACGACCCCGUUCAGGGCAGUGUGAGAAUCCAGAACCCCAGCGCUGUGAGAGCCCAGAGCCUUGUCGCCUUCCCAAGCCAAUCCCUCUCCCAUCACCCUGCUCAAGCCCAGAACCAUGCCGGGAACCUCCUCGCUGCUCCAGCCCCUGCUCAUUCCCAAAUCCAAGUUCUUGCCCACAAGACCUAGGCUGUAAUGAGUCCAAUCCAUGCCGCCUGGACACUGAGGCUCCCAGCUGCGGCCCCUCAAGUUACCAUACAGGGCAAGAGAGUGGUGUUGGCUGUGGGUCCGAUAAUGGGUUUCCGGAGCCACAGGGUCUAGGUGGUUGUGGAGGCCAAGGAGCCUCCACUGGAGCGAACGGUGGGGCUUGUUUUGGAGCCAAAGGUGCAUACUUUUAA